CAUGGAACAGGAAGGGUGAACACAAGCAACGUUGGAACACAGAGUCACAUACAGGUUGCUGUUAUGUUUGCAUACAAAGUGACUCUGGGUCUGGUGGCCCUGCUGUUGGUUUACUCCAUCAGAGCUGAAGAGGAGCCUGUGGCUGAGGACACUUCUACUGAGCUGUCUGUUGGUGAGCUGCUGGAGAAGGCUAACAGAAACGUCGUGCGUGAAGCAGAUGAGCCAAAGGUUAUUGGAGACAUUGCAGUUGAUGAUGAAAAUGAUGAGAGGAACGCUGAUCCCUGCACCUCCCAAGGCUGCAUGUGGCCCAAAUCCAGUGACGGCAUAGUCUACGUGCCCUACGUCAUCGCCAACCACUUCUCCUCCCGUGAGCUGCAGGUCAUUCAGCGUGGUCUGGACUCCUUCUCCUCUGUCUCCUGCAUCCGUUUCAAUCCCCACUCUAAUGAGAGGGACUACCUCAGCAUUGAGUCUCGCAGUGGAUGCUACUCUUAUGUGGGUCGCCGUGGUUAUGCCCAGACAGUGUCUCUAGACCGUAACGGCUGUAUCUACCACCACACCGUCCAGCAUGAGCUUCUCCAUGCUCUGGGCUUCAACCAUGAACAGUGUCGCAGUGACCGUGACAACCACAUCCGUGUUGUCUGGGAGAACAUUAUUGAUAGCUACAAGUAUGCUUUUGACAAGAUCAACACUUUGAAUCAGGGAACACCCUAUGACUACAAUUCCGUCAUGCAGUACCACAGAACUGCAUUCUCUAAGAAUGGUCUGCCUACCAUGGUCCCCAUCCCCAACAGCAAUGUAGCCUUUGGCCAGGCAACGCAGAUGAGUCAAAAUGACAUCACCAGAAUCAACAGACUCUACAAGUGCUAGAACUUUAUUCACAGUCCAGCCAGAAACCACAAACAGGGAAGACUAACA